AUGAUCUCUUAAUUUACAAAACCAAAAAGGAAAAUGGAGCAUCCUGAUUAUGUACCUUAUCCUUUAAGAAGACCAGGUCCAAGUUAAGAUGACAGAAAAAGUGAUAUUCCUUUGGAUUAUAACUUAAAGGAAUUUAAUUUUGCAAGUAAAACUUUAACAAAGAAAAUAAAUUGGAGUGAUUUAAGAGCAAUAGCAUUAAGUGAUUCUUUAGAUAAAGGAGUAAUAUUUGUAGAAACAAAUGAAGGAUCAGUAGUUGUUAAAGGAUAUCCAAAUAUUGCAUAAGGAUACUUUUUUUCUUAAUUAGCAAUAGUAUUGGGCGUUCCAGUACCAAAUAAAAGAAUAGUUAGAUGGGAUUAAAAUGAAUUUAAAAUUAUGACUAAAGAAUUGUAAAGGGCAACAUUUAUGAUAAAAUAGUUACAUUAAAAAAUAACAAAUCGGCUUGAGAAUCCAUAUUUAGAGGUUUAAGAAUAUAUACCUGGUAUAACACUAUCAUAUAUGGGUAAAACAAGAGCAGGAAAAAUAUUUAAUUUUUAUGAUCCAUAAAGUAGACAUAGAUUAAUAAAAGUUGGAUUUAUAAUGGGUUUUGAUAUAUUGAUAAAUAAUCCAAGUAGAUAUCCAUUAGAAAUCUGGAAAAAUAGUGGAUAAUCUGAACAUAUGAUAGUUAGAACAGAACCAAGAUACACAGAUACAACAAAAGAGUUGCAUGAUAUUGAUAAUCUAUCAUUUGAUUAUGAAUAUAUUUAUGGAUUGGAUAGUUAUUCUUUUGAGAGACCAACUAAUUACUAUACAAAUGUUGAAGAGUUUCUUAAUAAAGUAUUUUUAGAAAUGAAAUCAAUAAUGCAAGCAUAAUUAGAUCCACUUUAUGAAACAAAAGAUUAAAAGUAUUUAAAUAAAUUUAUUGUUUUUUCUAUUUAGAAUUGAAUGUUUAAAUGAAUUCAAAUAACUAGUUUACGAUCAUACACUUUACGAAAUUAAAGAGAUGUCCUUACUAUAAAUUUUACUAGGCAUUGUUUUAACUAUCGAUAAUAUAGUAUUUAUGGGGCCACUACGUUUAAGAACACUUUGGGAAUCAGUUACUGUAGAAAACGAUUGGAAUAAUGUAUGGAUGAAGAAUCUUUAAGGAAUUAAUAUGAAUUUUCUAGAAUCUAUGAUUUCUAUCUUCUAAAAGUUUUGUACUAUUUAUGAAGAUGUUGUUAAGUAUAGUAAAGAUAUUACUUUAAAUUAAUAUUCUUUUGAUGAAUAAAAAUAUCUUGAAAUAAUUAUGAUGAAUCCUAAAAUUAGAGAAAAAAUUCAAAAAGAAAGAGAAGAUAAUCUUAUGAAUUCAGAUAUACUUGAAAAAUCUGAAGUUAUUGAAGAAGAUGAAGGUGAAGUAUUAGAGCGUAAUCUAAAUGACAUUGAAUUAGAUAAAAAAAUUGAAGAAAUGUUUAUGAUUGAUCCUAAAGAUAUUCCUAAAGGAGAAAAUUAAAAUUAAAAAUAAUAAAAACCAUUAACUCCAGAAUAAUAAUAAUAAUAAUAAGAACUAGAAAAAAUCAAAUAUGGAGGUAUUUUAGCAAAAAAAUUAUAUGAAAAUCAAUGA